UCCUCUGUUAUGAGCAAGUAACCAGCUACCAUGUAUUUGAGGUUGAAAUAUUCACAAUAGAGUGAUGAAACCUCAUUUUUGGCGGAAAUUAAAAGGGAUAAAAUACAUUUAAGUAGAUUUGACGAGUGCCGCACAAUUAGAUGGAUUCCGCGCAACUGGGAUGUAUCUAGAAGUCUUUGUCGGGAUAACACGGACCCCUCCGAAUGCUGUUAUUCAUGCAGUCUCAGACUAGGAGGAUUAUUUCGUCUGGUUAGCCAACUAGCUAGUCAGCUAGCUCGCUAAUGUUGGCUUGCCAGAGGUUGGUUCACUGGCUGGCCGGUAAGCGUGAACUGUGUCAUACCAAAAGGACAAGAUAACUAUUUUAGAAUUAUCUUUGUCCCGUGAAGAAGCAAGCUGCAGAGACCCCCUAAUUAGGCGUUAGCUAGCUGUCCAGCUAGCUAGCUAGCUAGCUAACAUCCUCACACGGGACUGCUCAAUACAAGUAGUAGCUAGCUGACGACGAGCUAACUACCACCCCCACACGCCAUCGACAACAAAAAAAUCAAGAGGGCCAUGUCGUCCACGCCAGCUGGACCGCCGUCGGUGGACAAGGUGGACGGCUUCACCCGCAAGUCUGUGCGGAGAGCCCGGCAGAGGAGGGCCCAGAGCUCCUCUCAGUUCCGCACUCAGGACAAGCCCAUUGAGCUGACCCCCUUACCACUGCUCAAAGAUGUAUCAGCUCAGGAGCAGCCGGAGCUGUUUGUCAAAAAGCUGCAGCAGUGCUGCGCUCUCUUUGACUUCAUGGACACGCUGUCCGACCUCAAGAUGAAGGAGUACAAGCGCUCCACGCUCAACGAGCUUGUGGACUACGUCACCGUCAGCCGCGGCUACCUGACCGAACAGACCUACCCUGAAGUGGUCAAGAUGGUGUGCUAUAACAUCUUCCGGACUCUUCCUCCCAGUGACAGCAAUGAGUUUGACCCCGAGGAGGACGAGCCCACACUGGAGGCCUCCUGGCCUCACUUACAGCUGGUCUACGAGUUCUUCAUCCGCUUCCUGGAGAGCCAGGAGUUUCAGCCCAGUGUGGCCAAGAAGCACAUAGACCAGAAAUUUGUCCUGCAGCUGCUGGAGCUGUUUGACAGUGAGGACCCUCGGGAGAGGGACUGUCUGAAGACUGUGCUGCACAGAAUCUACGGCAAGUUCCUGGGCCUGCGUGCCUUCAUCCGCAAACAGAUCAACAACAUUUUCUUAUGUUUUGUCUACGAGACGGAGCACUUCAACGGUGUGGCCGAGUUGCUGGAGAUCCUGGGCAGUAUCAUCAAUGGCUUUGCCCUUCCACUGAAAGCCGAACACAAGCAGUUCCUGGUCAAAGUCCUGCUGCCACUGCACACUGUCAAGAGCCUGUCACUCUUCCACGCACAGCUGGCCUAUUGUAUUGUACAAUUCUUAGAAAAGGACCCAACGUUAACAGAGCCAGUAAUCAGAGGCUUGCUGAAAUUCUGGCCCAAAACGUGCAGUCAGAAAGAGGUGAUGUUUCUGGGCGAGUUGGAGGAGAUUCUGGACGUGAUCGAACCCACCCAGUUUGUCAAGAUCCAGGAGCCACUCUUUAAGCAGAUCUCCAGAUGUGUGUCCAGCCCCCACUUCCAGGUGGCAGAGCGUGCACUCUACUACUGGAACAACGAGUACAUCAUGAGUCUGAUCGAGGAGAACUCCAACGUCAUCCUGCCCAUCAUGUUCGCUAGUCUCUACCGCAUCUCCAAAGAGCACUGGAACCCGGCAAUCUCUGCUUUAAUCUACAACGUGCUCAAGGCCUUCAUGGAGAUGAACAGCACUUUGUUUGAUGAGCUUGCCGCUACCUACAAAGCAGAUCGCCAAAGGGAGAAGAAGAAGGAGAAGGAUCGCGAGGAGCUAUGGCGACAGCUGGAGGAGCUGGAGCUGCGGAGGGCCAUCCAGAACAGCGACGCCUCCUCCUCCACCUCCACCGCCGCUGCCGCCCCAGUCAUCCCCACCUAACACCGCAGCGGCAGCGGUGCCCUGCCCUCAGCCUUCCUCCACCCUCCUCUCCCUCACCUUCAGCUCCUCCGCCUCCCAACCAACAGGGAGACGAUGGAGGGAUGGAUGGAAGGGGAGAGAGCGAGAGAGAGAGCGAGAGAGAGGGGGGGAGGGAGGGAGGAAGGAAGGAAGGAAGGAAGGAAGGAAGGAAGGAAGAGAGCGAAAGAAACGUCUCACCUCAUACCUUGCUCCUUACUUUACUGUAGAGUUCCACUGCACUCACAUCAACCCCCCCACACACCCCCUUUUUGAUUUUGUGUCUCAAUAGCACUGUAAAUAUUUUUAUCCUCUUGUUUUAUCCUCCUGAUUACAAUUACACUGAAAGGAAAAUGAAAAUUACCAAAAAAAAGAAGGAACCACAUUGAAAAAAAAAAUACAACUUAACAAGCUAAAGAAUUGUGUAUACCUGUGGGGAGAAGAGACUUGAAAUGCACUCCAUUUGGGGUAUUUUGUUUUUGUUUUUAUUUUGGAGUCUAGUAAAAAGCGAGUGAUGAAAUGAAUGAUUUUACUUGUAAGAAGAUAAUCAGCCUCGAUGGAUCGAUGUCGGGGAUGGCCUCUUACUGUCCUCCUCCUCCGGAGGUCCAGUCUUAUCUUUUGUUUUGUCCCUCUUUUUGUUUGUCUUUUGUUGAAUUAUUUGCAAAGAAAGGGACCGUAGAAACCUCCUCCUCUUUCAAAGCCAGCAGCUACAAAGAGGAAUCUGAUGCCUCGCUCACCAAUUCUCCAAAAUGGCCUCUUGGCAAAGGUUUUUUUUUUUUUUUUUUUUGUCUCGUUUGUUUGUUUUCCGUCUAUUUCAACAGUAAACACAGACCUCUGUCCCUCCUGGGCUGGGCAACGAUAAACAGUUGAACAAAUCAAAGAAAGUGACGGAAGAUGACCGAAGUCGUCCCAUCGGUUGCUUUGCUUCCUUCACUCGACCAACGGCUCCGCUCCCUUCUGCGUCAGCAGACUUUUGUAAAGAACCAGCAUUUUUCUUCCGAAGACCUCCAGACCAACAGCACUUCUCACCUCACCUCUCCUCAACUCCACCCCACUUCGAGUCCUCAACCGUAUCCACAUCCAUGGUUGGUGCUAGUCAGGCACUGGCAUCUUCCCGGCCAACUUCGAAAUAAGGUGUCUCCACCCCCCCCACCCCCCCAAACCAAUCGCACCCAGGUUUCCUCCCUCAUCCCUUGAAGGAGUUUUAUUUUUCUAUAUAUGUUGGAGAAAAGAAAAAAACAAUAACAGCUAGGCAGUGACCUGGUUUGUGUUCUAACAUGUUAAUCCUUAUCCCUCUUGUGGGAGAUCCCUGACAACUCCAUAGAUAUGUGGAUGUGUGUGUGUGUGUGUAAUCACCCUUUACACAUUUGAGAGCUGUCCCUGCAGCCCCCUCCAACCAGACAGGGGGGGCCCUGUGGUUGACAUGGACUCUUAACGAAUCUGGGCGGUGCAUAGUGUGUUAUUCGCAAUUCCUUUCAAUAGUGUUUUCUAAGAUGGACUUUUCAAAAGCUUAGAGGUCGGGGAGGGAGUCCUUUCUAGAGGCUAGGUCUACAUUUGAAUUGUCUCAAGGGGGCUUGGCUCUUGCCUGACUAGUGAGUUGACCAGUUCCUUGACUGGUCUGUUUGUUGUCCCUUCAUGAAACCCUCCAGGGUGAUGGACAGAAGAAAAGCCAGCAUAGUAGGGGGACCACCAGGACUUGGGUUUGGAGAUGGUUGCAUCAUACCGCAGAAGUCCGUAAACCAGAUGUAAAAUGAUAAUUAAAUACGGGGAGCCAGUGUUUUGCAAGGAAGAGUGUAUGAGAGCACUUAACAUUGAAUGGUAUCCAGCAUAUUUUGAGAGAUUUUUUUUUUUUUGUCUUUCCUGAGGGAUGUGGUGUUUCAAGGAAAAAAAAACGAAAACAAACAAGUUUUAUUUUAUUUUUGUGUUUUAUUUUAUUUUUUUUGUAACAGAGAGUGUGUGUGUGUGUGCGUGUGUGCGCCCUUACUUCAGCUCAGUUUUCAGUCUUACUCCUUUGUUUCUGUAUCCCAACCAACCCGACCCCUCCUCUUUUCUCCCACAUUUCGCUGUUUUGUGACGGCCCUGGUUUGAUAUGAUUUAAAUAUGACAAAAAUAAUAAUGAAAUUAAGAUUUUAAAGGGUUGGAAGUGCAAAAGCAAAAGAAAAAAAAUAUUUUAAAAAGUCAAGAAAUAAGAAAUAAAACUUGUUUUGCGAUAAA